GAAUUUCUGGGAUAUGAUCGAUCCGGAAUGGCAGCAGGCUUUGAUGGAACCUGAGAGCGAAGACGAGUUUAUUGACGACAUGCUGAAUCUUGCUAGUCGCUAUGAGUGCAAGUCUUCGUGGCCCGAAAGUUUGAAAGCUUAUGUUGAAGAGAUGAAAACCACUCAGUUGCCGUCCUUUGAUCCAGAACAAUCUGUACGAUAGAUCGACACUUACUGUCUGGAAUGAGUGAAAAGAAAGCACACGAAGUUGAAACACUGAGCAUGCUGAUCAAGCAUGUUGCAGAAGCAACCGAUAUGACCUCCAUCAUUGAUCUGGGUGCUGGCCAAGGAUAUCUGAGCCGCAUGUUGGCGCUACAACACGGCUUGCAUGUAUUGGGUGUGGAUGCGGAUGAGAUUCAGACCUGCGGAGCCAAAUUUUUCCAGGGAAAAGCAGAAAAAUCCAUCAAGGGCAAGAAUAUUCGAGCACUGGUGGCGACUGAGGACGACCCAACGGAAGCCAUCGCGAAGGAGAAGGAGCGACAGUCUCACCUGAACCAUGUCACGCAAAUGAUCACACUGGAAAACAUACCGACUCUGUUGGCCGACUGGACGGAUACAUCACGUUGGAAUUAUCGAGAAGUCCCAGCUAAAUCUUGGAUGAUAUGUGGCCUUCAUACCUGUGGUGAUUUGGCGCCUACUAUCAUUCGACUGUUCCAAGGAAGUCCUGAAAUUGGUGGUAUGAUCAGUGUCGGGUGCUGUUACCACUGGCUUACAGAGGAGAAAGAUGCACAAGGCACCUACGCAUUCCCUAUGAGCACAAAUCUCAUCGACCGUGGCUACAAGCUUGGUCCUACGCUUCGCAUGCUGGCAUGCCAAGCACCAGGACGCUGGGAAAGUCAACGUGAAGCCACUGUCAAGUCCUUUAAACACAAUUUCUAUCGCACCAUGCUACAGAAAAUCAUGGUCGAUAAGGGAUUAGCUACUAUUAAAGUGGCUCCGGUGGUGGGUCGUAUGAACCACAAAAGAGAUUUCGCAUCUUUUCCAGUGUACGUCCAAGCAGCAUUACGUCGGUUUGAUUUAUCUGGAACCAUCACAGAUGAGGAAGCGAUUGAAUUUGAAGCCAAAGCUCGCAAAGACGGUCAAUACCGCAAAAUGGUCAUUCUCUGGACCUUGCGAAUUCUCUUAUCCCCUAUCAUUGAAUCCAUUAUCCUUGUUGAUCGUUGGCUCUAUUUGAAGGAUACCCUGCCGAAUGCAAAGAUUUGCAUGUGGCCACUGUUCGACAAAGUUGCCUCGCCCCGCAACGUUGUCAUUGCUGCUCUCAAAGAAGGCACCACCCAUUGAAGCCCUCUGCUUUUCAUUCUGGAGUCAAAGUAUACCAAGCAAUCGGUUAUUUAUCACUGUGUACAUUAAAUUAUGUUGACUCUUCUGAUUACAAACAGUUAAGGAAAAAAAAAAUACAUAGAAGUAAGACUUGACUAUAACCUAAUAAAAUAGGGUCUCU